CGGCGCGUCGUUUGUUCCUCGGUGGGUGCCGUACUUGGUGGCGUAAAAAUCACCUCCAGGAGUCAUGUACAAGGUGGCGGGUUUGGCAACUGCGCCUGGGGCUGUGGGUCUAAUGGCCGGGAUUGUGUAUGCAGCCAGCGAGGAGAAGCAUGACCCCAUCCUGAGGACAGAUGAGCUCUCGCUCUACACCACACCACAAGAGAAGUCCAGGUGCAUGGAGCCAGAGCCGAGCCAGCUGGAGCAGGGUAUGACUCUCCUGAGGAAAGCAGCUGAGCCCUACACUACGUGGUGUCAGCAAACUGUCCAGGCUGCGGUGGAGAGAUCACAGGGUGUCUAUGGAACAGUGAAGCCAAAGGUGGAAAACUCAAUCCAGUUUGGGAAAGACAGUUAUGAGUAUCUCAAAGAUCCUCCAUCUGGCUUCUAUGCCCGAGCAGGAGUAAUUGGUUUUGCAGGAAUCCUGGGCCUCUUCCUCUCCAGAGGCUCCAGGAUUAAGAAGCUGAUCUACCCCACAGGGCUGAUGGCUCUCAGUGCUUCCUUGUACUACCCACAGCAGGCAGCUACCAUUGCUAAGAGCACAGGAGACACACUGUAUGAGUGGAGUCUGCAAGGUUACGUUGCUGUGGAGACACUGUGGAAGGCCAAAGCAAACCCAAAGCAGGUCAAGGAGCAGUCCAGAAACACUGAUAUAAAGAUUGAAGACAGCAGCACAGGAAGCAAAGGCAUUGAGGGCUGACUACAGGUGUGAUGUGACCAAGGGUCCACUUGAGUCUGCUGAUCAAGUCACCUAAGCCCAGGUCCACAGAGGACUGCUGCUGGUGUGUUGCCUGUCUUCUGUUCUCUCAGGACCCACCCUUGCACUAACUCCACCCCCUUUGUCUUUCAUUCAGUCAGUGAGGCCUGAGACAAAGGUCACGUCAUGACUUUCAAGUACAGUAUUCCACAGUUUCCCUUUUAAUUUGAAUGUAUUUCUCUAAUAAAACAAAAAGCUAUAAUACCACAUGACUCCCCCAGCACUUUUAUUACUCUCUGGGCUUGUUGUACAGAAACCUUUGACCACUCUUGAUGGAAUAUUUUGUACUUGUGACAGUGGUGAUGCUGAGAGUAACAUCAAGUGCUCUCCUGAGUGGGGGAUUUGUCAGCAUGAUACCUCUGAUGCAGUACUCUUUGCAAGGACUUCCACAAAAUGUAUAGUACAUAUUUGCGCCUUGUGUUAGAAAAACACUUGUCUUAUGAAUUUCUUAAAUCAACUGACUAUCUUGAAAGGUCCAUUUCCUCACUGUCUUCUGAAAUGUAGAAAAUAUCUCUUCUGUAGCAAACAUGACCUGUGU